UUUUGUUUUGAUCUCAAAAAUUAUCUUGGUAAGGAAAUUGUACUUAAAGAAUAUGAUAUAUUGUCAAUUUGUGACAAGCCCUGUGUCUCUAGCAGUGAAAAUUGUAUUAUUAAUCUGUUCAUUAUUUUGGCCAAAUUCUUCAUCCAUAAAAUGACAUUUCUGAAAAAAUCACCAUCCUUUUCAACUUUUAAACGAUCUAAUCUCAACAAUUACUUCCAAACACUGUCACAAUUAAACCACCCCAACGAAAAACGAACCAAAACCACUGACCUCCUUAAAAGUUUUAAUUUUAUAUCAGAAUAGCCUUACGUCUUUGUAUUUUCUUUUCUUUGUUCUCACCUUGUUAUUAUAUGCCUACUUUUGUCCUGUUGUGCUCUAAAUGCACUGUUACACAUCUGUUGUUGGUGCUGAAAAAUCUUGUAUUGAUUUGCAUUAUUGUUUAAUAAAAACAUUUUUUUUAAAAGUAGCCUACCAAGGCGUGCAGUGGAAGUACCGAGAAGUAGGGCUGGAUACCGAUGUCUUGACUCAGUUGGAGUCGCAGUCCACGGAUUUUGAUUCGAGUGAAGAGGCUUGGUUUCGUCAGGCAAAGCACAUCUCAGGGUUUUCUCCAUCCAACAUGUGAAGUCAUGCGGUUGUUUCCGUGAGUGUAGCGGUUCACUUCCACCACAGAUUAAACUCUGAACACGUGUCCUGGUUGUGAUGAGUGAUUUUCUUCUGCAAAUGGAAAAACACUAAAGCAUGACAUUUGUUUUUUGUAGAGGAGCAGUAAUAAAAGCCCUGAACCACUAACAGGAGCAUCCACAUGCUGCAUAGCAUAAAACCUAACUGCUGUGCCAUGGCCUGUCGGUACAUGCUUCAGCCCCGGUGUCAGCUGGCCAGUUGUCACAUGUAUUGAUCAGUGAAGAGUGAUGGGAUGCACCGACGAUCCAGAGGAGGAAACCCAACAGGCGGCGAAGGACCUCCUCCUGCAGCUGAGCCUGUCCUCCUGCCCCCCAUCCUCCCCCCUGUUCCUCCUCCUGGUCUCCCUCACAAACACCUGAGGUCUCUGGAGCGGCAGUUGCAGGUGUUAAGGGGCAGGGCCCAGCAGGAGGUGGACCUGGACUCCCUCAUCCAGUUCCAAGACAUGGACUUCUCACUGGAUGAAACCAUUGUGGCUGCAAAGAAGAAGAAGAAAAAGAAGGAGAAGGCAGUAGGUAAAGGUGAGCACAAGAUCUUUGGGACUCCGGACGAGGAUGAGCCAGUCAGUGACACCUGCUGCUCUGGCUGUGGCGCUUUCCUGCAUUGCACCGCCACCCACAUCCCUGGGUACCUACCCAGCCAGAAGUACAAGGCCCUGCUGCAGGAGGGGGGUCUGAGUGGGGCCACCUGUCAGCGCUGCCACCUGCUUAUCCACCACCACAAGGCCCUGAACCUGCAGAUGUCCAGGGACCAGUACCGGGCUGUGGUGCAGCAGGUUCGCCCCCAGCAGGCCCUGGUGCUGCUCGUUGUGGACCUGCUCGACCUCCCCGACUCCGUCAUCCCCGACCUGUCCGAGCUCGUAGGGACCAACAAGCACAUCCGUGUCGUCCUCGGCAACAAGAUUGACCUGAUCCCCGGAGACGCCCCCAACUACCUGCAGCGCAUCAAGCGGCAGCUCUCCCAGUACUGUCAGGAUGCUGGCUUCGGUGGGCAAGUGACUGACAUCCACCUGAUCAGCGCCAAGACUGGAUACGGCAUCGAGUCUCUGAUCUCCAACCUGCAGAGGUCCUGGAAGUACAAAGGUGACGUGUACCUGGUGGGGAGCGCCAACGCGGGGAAGUCGACCCUCUUCAACACGCUGCUAGAGUCUGACUACUGCAAGUCCAAGGCGACAGACGUCAUCCACAAGGCUACCAUAUCGCCAUGGCCUGGGACGACUCUAAACCUGCUGAAGUUUCCCAUCAUCAACCCGACGCCGUACAGGAUGUUCAGACGACAGGAGCGACUGAACCAAGUGUCACAGCAGACGGAGAGCGAGCUGUCGCCAGAUGAACUGAGAAGCAAUAAAUUCUUCUUACACAGUGGAAUCAGUAGGUUAGUAGGUUAG